GGGCCCGGGUAGAGAAGCGCAGCGGCGGUUCGCGUCCGCGCACGUGCUUCCCGAAGGGGCCCGUUCUCGAGCCGGCUGUCGCGCCCGCCGCUCGGUCUCCUCUCUCUCCGGGGCCGCGGGGAGCCGGGCGCCUGGCGGUGCGGUGCGGCGCGGGGCCAUGGGCAAGGCCAGGUCGGCCGGGCCGCGCCGGAAGGCCCCCGGGGCCCCGGCUGUGUCGCGCGGCGGCCGUGCGAGGCCCAACCCCAACCCGUUCGAGGUGAAAGUCAACAGGCAGAAGUUCCAUGUCCUGGGCAGGAAGACGCGCCACGACGUGGGGCUACCCGGGGUGUCGCGCGCGCGGGCCCUCCAGAAGCGCACCCAGACUUUACUAAAGGAAUACAAAGAAAGAGAUAAGGCCAACGUAUUUACUGAUAAGCGCUUUGGAGAAUAUAACAGCGGCAUGAGCCCAGAGGAGAAGAUGAUGAAGAGGUUUGCUCUGGAACAACAGCGACAACACGAAAAAAAAAACAUCUACAACCUAAAUGAAGAUGAGGAAUUAACUCAUUACGGCCAGUCUCUGGCAGACAUGGAAAAGCAUGAUGACGUUGCGGACAGUGAUGACGACGCGGGAGGAGGAGCUCUGUCUGCCGAGCUGACUGCGGCCCAUUUUGGAGGUGGCGGCGGGAUCCUUCACAGGAAGGCCACUGGGCAGCACGGCGAGGAGGGGGAGGAACCCAGGUCGCACCGGGACCUGAUCGCAGAGCUCAUCGCAGAGUCCCGGCGAGAGAAGAGGGUGAGACAGGCUCAGCGAGAAGAUGCCCUUGAGCUCACAGAGAAGCUAGACCAGGACUGGAAAGAGAUCCAGACUCUCCUGGCGCACAGAACACACACGGCAGAGAGCAGAGACACGCCGGAGAGGCCCAAGCCUGACGCCUAUGAUGUAAUGGUUCGUGAGCUUGGCUUUGAAAUGAAGGCGCAACCAUCGAACAGAAUGAAAACAGAAGAGGAGCUGGCAGAGGAAGCGCAGGAGCGGCUCAAGAGCCUGGAGGCCGAGAGGCUCCGAAGAAUGCUUGCAAAGGAUGAGGAUGGAAACACUAAGAAACCAGAACAUACGUCAGCGGAUGACUUAAAUGAUGGCUUCAUACUGGAUAAAGACGACAGGCGUCUGCUUUCUUACAAAGACGGAAGGGUGAACGCUGAGGAGAGUGGCGAAGCUGGUGCCGGGGAGAGCGAGCAGGAGGAGGGCGACGACUCACGCAAGGAGGACCCCGAGGAGAGCCACUCGGGCCUGGAGUCGGGUGCGGGCAGCGAGGAGAGUGAGAGGCCCAGGGCAGCGCAGCGGCGGGUGCCUGGGGGAAGGCCAGCUAGCAGAGGCGGCCAAAACACUUGGGCAGCCGCCGGCACCGAGCCGACUGACACAUGCGCAGCUCCCGAGUCCUGUGAGGAACUGAGAUCUUUAUUAUCCGGAAAGUCAGUGGAGGAGCAGCUUUUGGUGGUGGAGAAAAUUCAGAAAUGCAAUCAUCCAAGUCUCGCAGCAGGAAACAAAGCAAAAUUGGAAAAACUGUUUGGCUUCCUUUUGGAAUAUGUUGGAGAUUUGGCUGCAAAUGAUCCUCCAGACCUCAGAGUCAUUGAUAAGUUGGUUGUGCAGCUAUAUAGUCUUUGCCAGCUAUUUCCUGAGUCUGCAAGCAGCUCCCUAAAGUUUGUUCUCCGAGAUGCCAUGCACGAGAUGGAAGGGAUGGUUGAGACCAGGGGCCGGGCGGCCUUUCCAGGGCUGGACGUGCUCAUUUAUUUGAAAAUUGCCGGGAUGCUGUUUCCAACGUCUGAUUUCUGGCACCCCGUUGUGACUCCCGCACUGGUGUGUAUGAGCCAGUUACUCACUAAGUGCCCCAUCCUGUCUCUGCAAGACGUGGUGAAGGGCUUGUUCGUGGGCUGCCUGUUCCUCGACUACGUGGCCCUGUCUCAGCGGUUUGUACCUGAGCUUGUCAACUUUCUCCUUGGGAUUCUUCACAUGGCAUUGCCACACAGGCAGAGCCGAGGUUACAUACUGGUGCAUCCUUUCCGAGCACAUGGGAAGAACUCGACGUUGCUCGUGGUUUCUGACGACAAGGACAUGGCCACUUGGCAGGGCAAAAGUCUCUCCCUCUCCUGGGCAGGUGGACUGAAAGCCCAGACCACGACGGAGGCCAACCACACCAGACUGUCCUGCCUGGCCGUGUGUCUGGCUCUGGUGAAGCGCUGUGUGCUCCUGUAUGGCCCUCUGCCGUCCUUCCACGACAUCAUGAAGCCCCUCAAAGCCCUCCUGAUGGAGCACCUGGCCGAAUGCCAUCACCCCCCGGAGCUCCAGGAGAUGAUUAAAAGCAUAGUGACAGCAAUGGAGGCCCAGAGGAAGCACUAUCAGCCGCUGGUCUGUGAGAAGAGCAAGCCUGUGCCGCUGAAGCUGUUCACCCCCCGGCUGGUCAAAGUCCUCGAGUUUGGAAGAAAACAGGGCAGCAGCAGAGAGGAACAGGAAAGGAAAAGACUGAUCCACAAGCACAAGCGAGAAUUCAAAGGGGCCGUCCGGGAGAUCCGCAAGGACAACCAGUUCCUGGCCCGGAUGCAGCUCUCCGAGCUCAUGGAGCGGGAUGCGGAAAGAAAGCGAAAAGUGAAGCAGCUUUUUAACAGCCUGGCUACACAGGAGGGUGAAUGGAAAGCUCUGAAGAGGAAAAAGUUCAAAAAAUAAACUCCUGUUAGGACAUCGACGAGGCGCACGUUUGGAACUAGGAGCAUUUCUCCACAAGAGCUGCGUGUAACGAACUGUAAACAACCUUCACUUCAUCAUUUCCAGACAAACCUCAGUUCAUCACAAGGUUUGGGACUGGGUUUGUGGCCAGCGCCGUUUUUGGCCAACCGAGAAUAAUACCUUCAUGUGUAGAAUUCAGUGUUCCCUAAUGCUGUAUAAAUUGUUCUCAAUUACAAAUGAAAUGAGUUUGGAA